AUGUUAAUUUCGACGGCUAAAACACCGACAAAACGAAAGAUGGGAAACGAUGGCAGCUCCAUUUCGAGGGUAAAAACGCUACUAACGGCCACCAAACGGCGUAGUAGCGAUUCUCAAAACUCGGAAUCUCGAAAUUUUGAUUCUGUAUCUAGAUGGUCAGUAUGUAGGCUAAGUAAUACACCGUUGCGAGUCCCGGUGGUCAGCGAUUACCGAGGUAAUCUUUUCAAUAAGGAAUCGGUUCUAGAAUGGCUGCUGACACCACAUAAGGAGGACUACUCAGAUGAUCAAGUCCGCUUGUUUGGUCACAUAAAGACCUUGAAAGACGUAAUAGAGCUGCACAACAUUGUGGAGGUUAAAGUGCAAGACGGAGGAUCUGUGUUGAAGUGCGAUGUGGGAGACGAAAUAUGGGGCAGAAGUUCUGGCAACUUUUCAUAUUUGGCCAGAUGCGGUCACGUAUUGCCUCGACGAACACUUCGUGGAGAUUUAUGUCCUGUUUGCAGCAUUCAAUACAAACAGAAAGACGUUAUAACGCUUAAUCCCAGUUCAGGUGAGUUGGUAGACCUUGAAGCUCGGAUGGCUCAACUUAAGAGCGAAGGUCUCACACACAGCGGAAAAGCUGCUAAAACGAAGAAACGGAAGGCCAAGCCAACUGAUGCCGCUGUUAAAGCUCCCAAGCGCCAAAGGUGUUGA